AAAACAAAAAGAGAAUAAGAGAUAUAAAAGUGACCCAGAUAGUCCGUGAAUUCAUUCUUCCAUUGUAGGUUUCUUUUUUUUUUUUCUACCUUUUAGCAUAUAGUUUUCCUUACUGCCUCUGUUACAAGUAUAUUGUUCAUAAUGGGUGCUUCUGUUUCUAAGCAUGGUCAUGACAAACGAUCCACUAAAAUCAAGGUCGGGCCUUAUGAUGCAGCUACAACUGUAAAACUACAUAAUGAAAAAAGACGCCACAAGUUUCAUAAACGUAACAAAACAAAUAAGAAGGGUAGUUUAAAUGAACUUAUUAUCGGUAAUCCUACAGAUUUUGUUCAUUUAAACCAUGCUGGUAUGGAUGGAAUCUCAAACAUGGACAAAUUAUUUAUUCCAAUUGAAGAAGCACAACAACGCGAAAAAUUCAACAAUGCUACAACAAGAACCACCUUUAUGAGUAGGAGUCAAUGUGAUAAUUCCCUUGUUAUGAACACCAAUCAUACCCUUCCUACCUGCAAUAACAUUCGUUUCAACGAUAUAAUGCACUUUAACAAAUUACAUCUUUCACUCAUCACUUCCAGGAACGAUAUUAAUGGUUUUGGUUCAGAAGAGCAAGCAAAAUCAGUGGAUAUUAAGUUUUACGGCGCUGGCAGCCCGCUUAAACACAAACCUAUCAAUUACUCUAUGUUUGCACAUGAUGAAAACUCUGCGAUCAUUGAGGAACGAGCACCCUCCAACAUUAUAGCACCUGUGGCUGCCUUUCAUUGAUCUAUCUUGUUUUUCAUUUUUAAAUAAUUUAAACAAUAUAUAUAAUGGGAAAGCAGUUGAUUUGUUUUCCAUCAUAACCCUCGAAAAUGUUACCCCCUCUUACCCCCCCCCCCCCAAUGUUGUGCACUUUUCAUAAUGAAACCCUUCAAUUCGAACCAUUAUUUACCUUUUUUGCCAUAAAUAUCAUCCUGUUCUUCGAGUAAGAGACACCUAGAGGCACUUCCAUCAAAUUAAAUGGCUUCACAUUUAUUUAC